AUGGCCUCUCCUGCCCCCCAGCUGGGGUCUCUCUGUGAGGAAUUCUCCUGCCCCGUGUGCCUGGACUGGCUGCAGGAUCCCGUCACCCUGCCCUGCGGCCAUGUCUACUGCCAGGGCUGCAUCGAGACUACGUGGGGCACCCUGGGUGUCCCCCCUGCCUGCCCUGAAUGCCGGGAGCCCUGCCCCGACAGGAGAUAUGCCCCCUGCAGGCUGCUGAGGAAGCUGAUCGACCAGGCCAGGGGGCUGAGCCCUGGUGGGGCAGGGGAGGGGGCGCACCCAGGGGGCAGGUGCCAGGAGCACAGCGAACCCCGGAGGGUGGCAGGUGGGGCAUUCGCCGGUGAGCUGUGCAGGGAACCAGCCUCAUACGAAAACCUCCGGUUCCUCCCCAUCCACCAGGCCACUGGGCAGGAUCAGGAGGAGCUGCCCUCAGCCAUAGCCCAGCUGGAGUCCAGCCUCGCUCGGCUCCUGACGCUGAAGACGGAGGAGGAAGAGAGGAUUUGGAACCACCAGGCGAUGGUGCUCAGCCUGGAGGAUCACGUUGCCACGGAGUUCGGGAAGCUGCGGGGCUGGCUGGCCGCCCGGGAGGCGGAGUGGCAGGAGAGGCUGCGGCGGGCGGGCAGAGCCCAGCUGCGGGCGAUGCAGAGGAACCUGCAGGAGCUGGCGGGGAAAUGCCAGGCAGCCCAGGAGAUGCUCACCGAGGCCCAGGCCCACCUGCCCCAGCAGAACUCCAUGGAGUUCCUGACAGACAUAAAAUCCUCCCUGGACUGGGUGAAGCAGCAACUGGCUACCCCUUGUGGGCCGAAUACGGGGUCCCUAUCACAGACUCUGGGGCAAUUCAAAGGGCCGAUCCAGUAUACUGCCUGGAAGGACAUGAAAUCCAUCCUCAACAUAGAUCUCCCGCGGGUGACGCUGGAUCCCGCCACGGCUCAUCCCUGCCUGGUUCUCUCGGAGGAUCGCACCCGGGUCCGGGACGGCCACCUCCGCCAGCCCCUCCCCGACACGCCCGCCCGCUUCGAUUUCUGCGUGGCCGUGCUGGGCGCGGGGGCGUUCGCCUCCGGGAGGCGCUACUGGGAGGUGGAGGUCGGGGAGAAGCCGGCGUGGACGCUGGGCGUGGUCCACGCCUCCGUCAGCCGCAAAGGGAAGAUCCACGCCUCCCCCAGCAAGGGAUUCUGGGUCAUUCGGCUCCGGGGCGGGGCCGAGCUCAUGGCCAAGGACACGCCCCCGAUGGUGCUCCGCCCCCAGGCCCUGCCCCACAGGAUUGGGGUGUACCUGGACUAUGAAGGGGGCCAGGUUUCCUUCUACGAUGCCCGGGGCAUGGCCCACCUCUAUACGUUCAGCGCCCGGUUUGCAGAGAGUGUGUAUCCCUAUUUCUGCCCCGGGCUCUAUGAUUCGGGGGGGAACGCUACCCCCCUGAAAAUCUGCCCCUUGCCCUGACCAAGCUGCUCCUCUGCCCUGGGGCCGGAUCGGAGCCACAGCCCCCUAGAGGGGAGAGGCCCCGUGCCCCAUUCCCUGCCCCCCAGAGCCAGCCAGUGGCUUUAUAAGCACCACCUUACACAUCG